AUGAGGGCAAAUCAUGUGCUUUUUUGUUUAAGGAUUCUAAUGGUAUUCUUCUGCAUAUGGGUAUUAAUAUGUGGAGCUGUUAUGGCAUCACAUUAUUCAUAUAGCAAUCGUGAAACAUUGAUCAUUGCCGUAAUAUUGGAUGCAUUACUGAUGGUUUUUUGUAUUUUCUUGAUUGUCGAUGUCUUGAAAAGAUAUUAUCUUCAAUUUCCAGCGCUAACCUAUAUAACAUCUAUAGCCGUAAUUGUUGCUGGAAUCGUUGCAUGGAUGAUCACCACAUCGGCAACAGUUGAUGUAUUGGCUACUUUAACUAUCGGCAAUGCAUGGCACAUAGUAACAUGCCUUAUGAUGGAUUCUAUGACACAGUUAUGUGCAAAGGAUUCAGGUCAACUUUUUUGUACUCAAACUUCGUCAACACAAACACGAGUGGAAGCGCAGUAG